GAUCAUACAAUGAAAAUAACCUAUAUAAAUGCGAAAAAUCCAGGAGCUACUCAUGACUCCAUGGCUUUCAACAUGUCGCCAUUGAAAGCGCAUUUAGAGGAGCAACAUCUCAAUGGCCGUCGCAAUACUUGGCUCCUCGGUGAUGCUGGAUACGCUCUUAAACCUUAUUUAAUGACGCCGUUCAGAAACUCUGAGGAAGGGUCUCCACAAAGGACCUACAACAAACAACAUGCUAAAGCGAGAAGUAUAAUUGAGAGAACAAUUGGAGUCCUGAAAAAUCGAUUUAGAUGUUUGUUGCAGGCAAGAGCUCUUCACUAUUCUCCAAAAAAAGCAACACAAAUUAUUAAUGUGUGUGCAGCUUUGCACAACAUUUGCUUGUUUUAUAAUGUUCAACUUCCGGAUGAAGAGUUAUCCGACGAGACCCUCAACGAUGAUGCUGAAGAUAUUGAAGUGGAGUCAAAUAGAGCUACUCAUGACUCCAUGGCUUUCAACAUGUCGCCAUUGAAAGCGCAUUUAGAGGAGCAACAUCUCAAUGGCCGUCGCAAUACUUGGCUCCUCGGUAUGUAA